AUGGUGUAUGAAUCAGGGUUCUCCAGAGAAACGGAAAUGGUGGGAUGUAUACAUAUAGUGAAAAAUUUAUUAGGACUGGAUCAUGUGAUUAUGGAGGCUGAUGAGUCCAAAAUGUCCUUUUCCCUUAGGGGAGAGUCACCUUCCUCCCCUGCCAGCCACUGCUUUCCUGGCUGGGCUGUCACACUGUGCCUGGAGGUGGUGGCUGAGGAAAUGCUUCCUAAACUAGCAAGUGCAGAGGUUUCCCUUUGGGAGACCCUUAGGAGGCUCCUUCACCAUAGACUAUGCAAGCCCCCCACCUCAGCCCCCUCCCUGGGGUCUGUGCGCUGA